UAAGUAGACAGGAGCCCAGUUAAGUUAUUGACUGGCAUUACCGGAAAUAAUCACAAACGGGAGAUUUCCGUCGAAAUAGUGGUUUAGCUGUGUAUUCGCGUAUGAAUAGAUGGCGACUAUACUUACAAAUUGCAUCCCAUCAUUUAUAAGUUCAUAUUGGCACUUAUUAAUAACAUUUACGCACUUCCGGUGAAUACGCAACAUGGCCGGUUGUUGCAGAUGAGUCGUGUGUGUUGUUUGAUGAUAGCACACAUAUUUACGUUUAUAGCGGGACUGAUAUAUAAUUCCCUGUGGCCAUAUCAGGCAAAAUGACAAAGAAGUUCGUUAAUGGCGUUCAGAAGUCUGAAGUAAAGAAUGGACGGGUAAAUAUUCCACACAGUUUCCAAAGCCAGCUGUCUCAAUACUUCGCUGCCCUUCGCCCGUGGUCAUUUACCGCCUCCUUCACUCCAGUAGCACUGGGUUCUACACUGGCAUUCAAGACAUCGGGCACUUACGAUCUGAGUAUAUUUCUUGUAAUAUGUCUUACAGCGCUCUCUGUUCACGCAGCUGGUAAUCUCGUAAAUACCUACUUUGAUUACACAAGAGGUAUUGACAGUAAGAAAAGUGAUGAUCGAACAUUGGUGGACCGUUUGCUGUCUCCCGCGGACGUCGCCUUCCUGGGAGGAGUAUUUUAUGUGAUGGGCUGUGUGGGAUUUUUGUUGCUCGCCUUCCUUUCACCAGCCAAGAUGGAACACAUAGCGUUGAUCUAUUUUGGAGGCUUGUCGAGUAGUUUUCUGUACACAGGAGGAAUGGGACUAAAAUAUAUCGCCAUGGGUGAUUUGGUGAUUUUCUUUACCUUUGGACCUUUGACAGUGAUGUUUGCAUUUUUAUGCCAGGCGGGACAGUUAUCCCUCAGUCCAUUUUUAUAUGCGAUCCCACUAGCUUUGAACACUGUAGGAAUUUUACAUAGCAACAACACAAGGGAUAUGGAAUCUGACAAGUCUGCAGGUAUAAUGACAAUUGCAAUUUUGCUUGGACGCACCGGAUCCUAUCUUUUAUUUGCAGCUUUAUUAUUUGUGCCUUAUAUUGUCUUCAUAAUGAUGAGCUUACAUUGUACAAAAUGGAUGCUACUACCAGUACUUUCAGUGUUUCUUGCUUUUAGAUACGAAAGAGAAUUCAGAAGUGGACAUCUUCUUGGGAUGCCUAAAAAAAUGGCUUUGUUGAAUUUGUUUAUGGGAGUGAUGUACGUUUGUGCUUGCUUCAUGGCUGAUAAAUCAACUUUACCGAAUCUCCUCCUAUAAGUAUGUUCAUUUGGAAAGAUACCAUUCACAGUAAACAAUAAGAAAAGAAACUAUCAAGAGAAAAUUAGUCUUGAGUGCUUUGAAUGUGACCAGCGGGGCACAUAUUCCAAGUGUUUUAAUGCACAUGGCUCAAGCAGACCAGAUUAACACUCACAUUUGCACUUGGAACAGAGUUGUCUAUAAAUGUAUAAACAUUCAGACGUUGAAAGAUAACUGGUUUGCCCACCCUUCAACCACCUACAGUACAGUGAUCUGAAACACUCACUCAACAUAUUUAUGAAGGGGGUAUUGGCGAUAAAUAAACCUGGACUGCAAAAAGCUGUGAUGAAACUUUUCCUGAACAUGUGGAAGUUGCAGUGAAUCUUGGGAUGAACUUCUUUGUAUGAUCUGAAUCCAUAUUUCAUAUCAUCAACCCACUGGAAAAGAAUGCAAGUGGUGGCAGUAUAUUGAACACUUCGGAUGGUCUCCACUUGAUUACGAUCUCAAGUGUCCAUGAUCAUCCAAGUUGUACGCAUGUUACUAUCGUGACUCUGGUAACUGUACUGUUUACAACUUAUCAUCAUUCAUUAUGUGUCACUUUGUUUUAUGGAUAUGCCUUGGAUUGAAUUUGAAUAUUGAAGUUUUACACUGUUAGCAUGGCUUGUGAUAUAUUUGAGUUUGACUAAGUCAGUGAAUAUUGGUAAUGUCAGUAAUGUGUAGGGACAAAAAUACAAAAACUGUUGUUUAUGGUUAUUUCCUUUUGCAUUUUUAAUAGAUUGAACGCUGUUAUGUGUACACAUCAUGAUGUUACCAACACAUGUUUUGGGGACUAAUAUGAAUAAUAUAUGUUGCCAUCAUGCCCUUUCUUUUGUUUUGUUUGUUUAGCGGUACUCAAAGCAAUAUUCCAGCCGUAUGAUGGUAGUCUGUAAAUAAUCGAGUCUGGACCAGACAGUCCAGUGAUUGUCAUCAUGAGCAUCGAUCCACACAAUUGGGAUAUGAUCACAUGGAUCAUUACCUUUUUGCUGCAAAUGUCAAGGAUCUGGAUUUGAUUCCUCAUAUUUUGGUAUCAUGGUAGUUACAGCAUCCAGGUUCGAUUCCCUACAUGGGUACAAUGUGUAAAGCCAAAAUGAUUUCUGGUGUCAUAUGGCUGGAAUAUUGCUAAGAGCAGAACUUACCCAUGGUAACUUAGUUCCCUGAGAAUCUGAAGAAUGUCCACCUGCUUCCAGUAUGUGCAUGACAAGUACCAGUAGUAUUUGUAUGGAAUGAAUAUCCUUCUCUAGCUUACAAUGACUUUGCUGAUUUGAGAUUUACAUAAUGAUUCAAUUUAGAGCAAUUAAGAAACUCAUUCAAGUAUAACAGAAAUUUAGAUGAUGAUAUGCACAUUAUGCAGCUGAUAUCAUAAUGACUGUGAUUCUGAACAAAAACAUAGAAUAAGAAUGCAAAUCGAUUACAAUUGUGUGGAUUUUGAACAUGUUGAAGAGAAAGGCCCUGAGUGCUCCUUUCUUCAGUAUUGCUCAGUAAAAUGAUAUGAAACUGAAAGUAGAUAUUUCUCGCUAAUUGUGGUUAGGUGGUGAAAACUGCUGCUGUCGUCCUUUGAUGGGAGCCCACCAGAGUAGGUGCAGUUUCAGUCAUCCAGACAUCUGUGUGCUGGAAAUUCUACACAUAGGCAGACUUUUCCUGGGGGUUGCCCAAGAAGUGAUAUGAACCUUAUGAUAAACAGUGACUAGUGGUGACUGCAGCAACCCCAGGCAUGUAUUGUGUGGAUAGUUGUACAGCAAUUUCUAAAUCAUUUUCAGGAAAAUUUAGUGUUUCUGUUUUGUUGAUUAUUAAUUUAUUCAUGUUAAGCUUACAAGACCAAAGAACAUUUUACUAGACUCAGGCUACGUUUACAUACUUCCGUAACCAUGGCAACAUAGCUGAUCUUAGCCAUCUACAAGAUUAACAUGACAAGGAAACACUUGCUCACUCUUAAUAUGUUGUAUGCUUGUUGCUGAGGAUGCUAAACACAAUGCAUGCUAGUCAUGUUCUUAAUGAACAUGUUAAAUGACACAAGUUUAAUUGAAUGGUUUUGAACAUAAUAGACUUAAAACAACAGUUUGUAGUUUGAAAAGGGUUGUUUUCAGCAGAAGCAUGGGGAUGUGAAACAGCAUGUCAUGGCUACAGUCAUGUGACAACACUAGGUAUCAAGUACCGUCCUCAUCACAGGAACACGUACAGGGUUUCACCCUGACCUACAGAACUAGGGAUCUAGAGGACCCCAAUUACUAAAUUCAAUGGUCCUUUCAGGAUAUAUGAGGGUCCUGUAAGUUAGUGAAACGGUGUAUUGUACUGUAAGAUCUAAUAAUAAUCACUUGAACUUUACAUGAAAAUUAUUGUUCGUCCCUUGGGACACAAUAUAUAUUUUUUCUGCAUCCAUUCUAUACAUUUGUGCGUACUGGAAGCGCAUUUCUGUGUUUCGUAAAACACGGACUACAUACUGGAUUCUGGAAUUCGUAACACAAGAAACUUGUUGGCCUCCUUACCUUGCUAACUAAUAAGGGCACUUUAUUUGAUGUUUCUACUCACCAUGAUAACUAAACCAUGUCAGAAACAACAAGGCAGUAACUCUUAUGUAAUCAUUCAUGGCUCCGGGAAGAUUAUUUGUCUCUGUCAUUGCCAUUGAUUACUAUUUGAAAUACAAAGUUAUGUUAACUUAUUAAAGUGGUUGUUUAACAACAGUUUUCAAUGAGGUCAUAUUCAAAACAUCAGCAAUAUAGGGGAUGUUUCAAUGUACUGAUAAUCUUUCAAGUAAUACCACCGUGUGAACAUAACGAACAGUGUUUGAAACCAACCCCGCAUGAGGGCCAUUAUAAUGAUGAAUAUUCAUGAUGUUGAGGAGUCCAUUCAGAAUUUAUUUGCUCUUCCAAACAUUUUCCCAUUUUCUUGUGUAUAUGGAGGACAUAUUUUUGAAUAUAAUUCACCCAAUCGAUUCUGAUGAGCAAAUAUGUAACUUGUGGGCUAUUUUUUGUUGUGGUGCUGUCAUUUUAAUCAUGAUAAUAAACAUAAAUGGGAUAAUGUGCACAUGGACAUGCAAUGAUGGACCACUGAUGUGAUGUUGAGGUCCUGCUGUUGAAGUGGAGCCCCCUCCCCCCUCUGUAUUGGGUGUGUUGCAUGCUGAGAGUGACUAUGUAAAGUACCAAUAGGAUGUGAAUGUUGUACUUCGGUAUUGUGUAUGUUUCCAUCCUGUGCAGUGACAUGAUAUAGUGCCAAUGUAAGUUAUUCUGUCAAAUAAAAUCUGAAGAACUUAAA